AUGUUAAAAUACUUUAGUUCAUCCGGCAACUCGGGAAAUCGCCUUUGGUCCAAGGUAGUUGGUUCUCGGCCAGCUCAGCCAUCUACGACCUCUGACAGUCCUCGAGCUUCUACCGUUGACAAAGCGGUGGCUCUCAAAUCUGAUGUUGAAGAUCGAGCCGCGAAAAUUGGAGCUCGUACGCCUCCCCAAGCCUACUCACCUGGUCACUCAAAAGCCUCUGCCAGUACUUCGAAUGUUGUCACAACACCCUCGGCAAAUGUUUGCAAAGUGCGUCCACAACAACAACAGCAACCACAUUCCUCUAUAGCUGCUAAGGUCGUUCACGCACAGACUCCAUCAGCUACUGUUGCAUCAUCCCGUCGUACAGAUCACCAUCAUUUAGCUUUCAGUUUCAAUGGUGCAGAAAGAAUCGGCAAUUCUGGGCCUCUAUGGCCUUCGCUAGAGGAACCUUUAUUGCCCGGAGAUCACCACCUAGCCGAUAUUUCUCGCCCAGGCAAAGCAACUUCUAUUGAGACCAGACUUGAAGGCGAUCACCCCCACCUACAUCAUCAACAGAAGCAGGAGGAGCAACAUAGUAAUGACAAAUCCAGUUCUUUAACAUCCUCUGGUCUGGUACCCAGUUCUAGUCCAAAGGCCUCUCAUCAAGAAGUACAUCAUGUAUCCACUUCUGCGAUUUCCCAAAGCAAGCCUUCGGACGCUCGGUAUAAGUCUGGUCCUCCGAACUCUUCGCAAAAACAACCCUUGUCCACACACAGCCAAACUGCAGCUUGCUUGACCCAAUCUCCAUUGCUUUCUACUAUCGAUUCUACAGUUUCCCCUUCAGUCGUGUUGGCCUCUCGCUCUCCUGCUAUUCUUGCAGCUCCAACUGGCCCCAUGUCCCGACCCAUAAUUUCUGCUGGCUAUCCGCUACCAUUACCUGUUCAGCCUCGCUUCGACACUAAGCCAAGCUUGUCUGGACUAUCCACCACUAUCCCUGCUCCUGCAUCUGGCUACAAACAGGCCUCAAUUUCCGUUUGGUCACCACCUGUUUCUGGGUUCUCAAAUUUUCCUCUGUCAUGUUCGUCUACCUCAUCUACAUCUGCAUUUUUCGACGCAUCUAUGGCUCUGAACACAUCCUCUCCACUUCCACUUCCUCUCGCCGCACCCAAUAUCUUUGAUUCACUUCAUGCGCCAAUAUCGGCCUUAGCUCACUCCACAUCUCACUCGGUCAAUGGCCUCCCUGGACCAUCUCUUUGGUCAGCUGAUGAUUCUUUGAUAGGCCUAGCUGGAAUUGCAACAAAUGGGGUCGGCAAUAAUCCAAAUAUAAGUAAUACAUAUGCACCGCCACACCAUACCCAUCAUGCGCACCAUCAAGCACGAAUGAUUUCAACUGUAGUGCCUCACUCUGUAUCUACGCCUUUGCUUCAGGCACCGACGGCACUCGGUAGCCUACAACCUCACCGCCCAUUGCCUGCACAGCAUUCUUUCACUGGGUCUACUCAUUUACCCAGCCACUAUGUCCCGGUUUCGACCACCUCUGGAAUUGAGUCACAGAUAUCACACAAGCUGCCUACUCGUAGAGUUGGCCUUUACUCAAUCCAACCACAACCCUCUUUGGCAGGCUCCACGCAGGGUCAAAAUGCCAUCUUUUCUCCGAACACUAUCUCAAGUAACGGCUUAGCUCGGCCAGGACCAGGAAUUUCUCCAUGGACCCCUCUACCUUCCGUGCCAAGUGGCUACCCAUCAGGAUCUGUCCCUUCUCCACCACCUAUUUUAGAUACAUUUCAUAACUCUUCUGGACCUGCUGGCAGCAGUAUCUGCAGUGGGAGUGGUCUACUUUCUUUACCGGGAGGACAUGGGCACUCACGUAGUUGCAGCUUCGUUAGCGCUGUUGGUGGAGGCAUAGGAAAUUCUGUUUCUGCCGGAAAUGGGGUCACGGUCGGUGGUAGCGGAGUUACAUGGCCAAGCUGCUAUCCUGCAGCGUCACCCCAACAGCCACCAGGGGUAAUCGGAGGCGGUAGACCCUCGGGUACCGUUUGUUCUGCACAGCUUAAUUCUCGGCCCGCAACUUUCGCCAUGCAAUUGCAGCCAUCGCCUUCUGCAUCUCAUCGCCCAUCCUCGUCUUUCUUUGCACCCGCUGCCUGUGGUCUUGGCUCUUCUGGUCCCUCUGCUCUGCUUCCCGUAUCGCCUACUCAUCAUACACAUGUUCAACAUCAACAAAAUCGACUUCCUGGAUCCUCUACUUUGCCCCAUCAUGCGCUCGGUCCAGCCGUCCUUCCAGCCGGCCCAGCUUCUUUGUUUGCCACUGGCUCAGUCGCCUCCUUGUCUUCACCAGGUGCUACUCCAAGUGCAGGCCUUUUUGUUCCUGCGGCUGCAGCUUCCGUUUACUCAGUUGCUCAAACCUGCCCUUCGCCUCCACCGCUAACGCCAACCUCUGCUGGACAAUCAGCCUCUUUGUUGGCUGCAGCUAUCCUCCAUUCGCAACAACAACAACAUCAUCCUCAUCACCAGUCUCAGCAGCAACAAGUUAUCUGUCCUUCUGGGCACCAGGUAGUUCUUCACGUUUAUCUUACAUAUCAGAUUUAA